ACAAAAGUACAAGCAGUUGGUAAUUAACUUUCAUCAAGGAAGUUGUGAAGUAAAUCAAAUUAUACGGGUGGUGUUUCAUAAGUUGCAGUAUCGAUCGAAUUUAAUUAGUAAAGUUUUAGUGUUUAUACAUUAUUCAAAUAGGUUAAAAAGUAAUCUCAUUAUACCUUUUAUAGCUAAUAAUCCUUUUAGUUACGCAAAAGGGAAACCUCAAACUACGUUCGUAUCGUUAUCAAUUAUAGAGAGUAAUUUUUUAAUAAAACUUAUAUCCUGAUUUCAAACUAUCUUUUUAUUGACUUUAAUAAAAUAAUUUUUUGCAAAUCCAUUCGGGCUAUUACACAUCAUACUUACUUGUUGUUGUGCGGUUAAUACUGUUAAUACCUUAAACCGGACAGGUAUGAUAAGCAGUACAAUUCUGAAACAGUACCUUUUGUAUAUUAAUAGAAAUACCUAUUUGCAGAAAUUAAAAUGUAUACAAUGGAUGAACAAAAAGGCACUCGCCAAAGAGGCAUACUGCCCUACGUCUGUAGAACAUGUGGCAAACAUUAUAACCCACGGUAUAUGGAUAAUCCCUAGUAUUUUUGCUACUCUUGAAUUAAUAAAUAGAUCUGAAGAUGGUAACCAAAUGCUCUCUGCUCUAAUUUACGGAGCUACUCUGAUAUUUUUAUUUUCGGUUUCAACUUCUUUCCAUUGUGUAUUUUACUAUAAUAAACACAGACAAUUAAAAGAUGUCCUCCACCGUUGUGAUAGAGCGAUGAUAUAUGUGUUCAUUGCCGGUUCGUAUUUUCCAUGGCUUACACUUGAAAAACUUCCACACGAAGGAUGGGCUUCCCACAUGAGAUGGGGAGUGUGGUUUUUAGCCGUAAUCGGUAUCACCUAUCAACAAAUCUUCCACGAAAAGUACAAAAUGCUCGAGACUAUCUUUUAUCUUAUUAUGGGCGUGGGACCGUUUUUUCCCAUCAUAUGUGAGCAUACGUUUUUGGGGUUGACAGAAUUAUUCAUCGGGGGACUGAUAUAUAUGGUAGGUAUAGUAUUCUUCAAAAGCGAUGGGGUUAUACCUUUUGCUCACGCAAUAUGGCAUCUGUUAGUGGUAUUAGCUGCGUAUUUUCACUAUUUUGCUAUACUAAACUAUCUGUAUCCGUUACCUAACACAAAUUGAUGCUACUGCCAAAUAAAUAUGUUGUGUAGUGUUAUAUGUACAAGAGGGCAGAGUAUAGUUGGUUAUUGAAAAAGUUUGUUACGAUUUUAUUAUAUAUUUGAGCGAAAUAAUACUCAUAAAGGUAUAUUGAUAGAUAUAAUGCUUUGAAAAAGAUUUAUUUGCUGUAGAACUAAUAUUUUUGGAAUCUCAUGAACAAAUCAAUUAUGUUAGGUAAAUAGAAAUUUACUUUUUUCAAUUUUAGUAAUACAUUUUACAAAUAAUAUAUACAAACUUUCAUUUAUAGUUAUAUAACGAAAAACAAUGAUAAAAGGAAAAAUAUUUACGAAAUAUUCAUAAUAUUCAAUGUAAAUUCCAUUUUAAAACGUUCUUAUGUGAGGUAGAACAUUUUUUAACCAAUUGUAAGAUCAUAUACUUCAAGCAUAGCCAUUUACAGCUAUCCUAUAUAAAAUAAUUAAUCAGAAAAAUUACAAGUUUUGUAUCAUCAGCUAACGAUAUUGGGACACAAAAAUUUUUUUUUAAAAAUAGGAAAAUGUUAGUUCUUAUUCAUAAGGAAUCAAAAUUUUCAAAUAUGAAUGAAUAAUUAUUAAAAAAAUCCCGAAACUAUAACACGUUUCCCCGGAAUCUAAUUUUUUCUAUGAUCACGAUAAAAUAAACGAUUUCACACGAUUUGCAUAAUUAAGAAAAAAUGUAUAUUCACCUUAAAAAAUACUUGUCUUUUCUACUCAUUUUAAUUCCAUCAACGAAAAUAAAAUUUCAAAAUAAUCAUAACCUCACUUUCACUUGUUGGUUGAUUUUUGUUUCGAGACUAAUUUUACCAUAUAAUUUUAUUGCACAAUAUGAUCAAUAGGUUGGAAUAGCUUGGAAUAUAUGUAAUUUACUAGGUUUUAUUGGUAAAAAGUAAAAGAUGCCCUACGCAGCACUUUGCAUUCAAUCUAUCUAAACUAAAUAUGGCCGAAAGGUCAGCCAUAUUGAUUUACCAGUAGGAAAUUGAAAACAAUUUUUCUUCGAAAAAACCACAAAACCAUAAAAUAAAUGGAACAAAAAAAGCCGAGAGGAAAUGGGUAAUACCAAUUUGGUGAUUUUUACGAAACCACUAUCGUUAUACUUUCUCACACACACAAAACACAUUCUUUUCAAAUUUUUCACUUUUUCCACUCUAUUGCUGACGAUCUACAUAAAUUUAUAAAAGAAAUCUUGAGAAUAUUUGUACACGGAAAGAAAACAACGUUGGAAAUAAUUUAAAUUUAUAAGAAAGUUUUACACUACUCACCCACAGUACAGAAUCCAUUUAAAAAUUUUAUGUAUGUGAUAAGUUGAAUUUAAAACAUAUUAAAGAACUCAAAAUUAACGAAUUAUCGCUCACUAUUAAUUGCAUUGCACUUAAUUCCAUCACUGAAUAAAAAUUUAAUUGUAAUUUAAAUUUAGAAAAGAUUCACAACACUUUCAACUGACGGAUAUCUGCUGUCACGUAACAGUCACACAUAUCUAAAGGCACGUUCUCACGAAUCGAUUUUAGUUAAACGAUUUUUAUUGAUAAAGCAAAAUGAUUACUCCAAUCAGGUAGCGGGAUUUCGUACAAUACUUGUAAUGUAUAAAACAGGGUGAAAUAUUUAAUACACGUAUGUUAAAAUAAGAUGCAAGUUAUAGACAGGCAGAUGGGUUAUGAAUAUUCGUUUAGUGAUCAACAGACGCCAUAAUUGAUUACAUAGUAUGACAUUUAGUGAAAUUACGCGCGAAAAUUAAUAUUUUAAUACGAUGAAGAAAUAUUUUUACGGUUAUUUUUAUAGAUUAACAACUUUUUCAACAACAAACAAACUAAACUUUGGCCCUUUAUUUUUAAAACUAUUUUAUGGAUGUCGAAAAAAUAAUUCAGACAAAGAACAAAAACAAAACCUAUAAAAAAGUUCUUAUAAUAAAUUGAGUAUGGCUGUAAUUGAUUUGCUGCUAAUUUAUAAACUAUCUUUUAUGAACAAAGCUUUUAUUUAUAAAAGUAUCGAAAUAAUAUGAACUUCUAUAACUUUUGGAGCUUUAUAGUAUUUUUAUUUGUCUGGUCUACGAUAUGGACUAUUUUUUUUUAUAAUCUCAUCUGCAUAAAAACCAAAGAAUUUACAAAUUGUUAAGAUAGAAACGACAAAUAUUUAAUAACAAUUGAAUAUAGUAUCAAUUUUUAACAACAUAUAAUAUACAGGGUUUAUUUUUUACAUUUCUUUAUAAAUUUAAUUAUAUAUUGGGUAAAUCUUGUUUCCUCAAACACAACCAGGUGAAAAGUGCCAAAAUAAUUUUGUACUAUUUCUUAUAAACAUUUUGUUCAAAUAAUCAAUAUUCAUAUUGUGAUUAACUGCAUAUUCGUUACAUUUUUUCAUAAAAAUUUUCGUUAUCCAACUAAAAAGAAACAGUAUUUACCUUAUAUAUUAUUGAAUUGUAUUUUUUCACCAUUCAUUCAUUUAUAUUCUUCAUUUUCAUACUGAAAACUCGUUAUACUGACAGUAGAAUCUUGUGAAUAUAUUCCUACACUAUUUAAAACCCAAAAUAUUACGAAAAUUUGUAUUUUUGGUCUUUGUUCGUUUGUAAAAAGAGACUUUUUGCUAUUGGCAACAUCAAUAAUUGAUGGAAUUUAAACUGGAUCACAAGUGAUUACGAAACUAUUGAAAAUUAAACGCGAGAUUUAUAGUAAAAAUAUAAGAAAACCGAAUAUCGUAAUACGUAGUAAAAUGAGCGGGAAACCGUCUUUAUAAACGCGGGAUUCGUCUUUAGCCGCGUAACCUCGAAGAGAACUCGUGACAGCGCCGUGCUUCAUGCGUGGCAGUGGGAUGGAGUGGAGCAAUAAUAAUUAUCUCUCUUAUAUAUAUAUUUUUGUGUAAAAAGCAGUGGUGCCUGCCAUGUGGAUAUUACUGAACACACCAUUUACACUACAACUUCAACAACACUCACAAUUACACUGAAUUACACUGUCCGACACCCAUUUCGAUAAACAAGUUAUCGUCUUCAGAGACAGAAGGUGAACCUUCAGUCGUUGUGAUUGUGAGUGUUGAUGUAGUGGUAGUGUAAACAGUAUGUUCAUAUGAAUAUCACCAACGGUUACAAAACUUCCAACUUAGCCUGUGGAUAGUGAUCUUAAACUUCUGUAGAUUGUAGUGGGACGUCUGCCUGUCGAAUAGGUCUUGCAAAUACUCCUCUAGGUGUGAUCAUGUUGGAGAGCUCGGGUAGCAUCGGUAGUUUCCAGUCAACUCUGUUGCUAUCCACCCCAUUUUAGACCGGUAUUGAAGGUGUACAGAAGAAAGACAGUAAGUGAUAAGAUUGAACUCAAACCUUUCUGAGGUGUGUUACUCAGCUAAUCGAUGAAUGACAACAAGCCGGACAAUCUAAAUUUAUUUAGAAAUGUGACAUCCAAAUCUAAUUUUAUUUUUAUCCUUGAGAAUCUACUAAAACUAUUUUGAAGACGUAUUAAAAUGGAUUAUAACGUAUAGUAUGAUAAAGGUCUUUUAAAUGAUUGCGCUAGAUGAUGAUAAACUGCCUGCUAUGAACUAAUAUUUGCUUAUUGACACCAAUUUUUCAUAAUUAUUGUGUUAUAUAUGCAUAUUUGGUCAUUGGAAAAACAUAUUUACUUUAUAUACCUGACUAGUUGAUAUUUUGCUCAUUUUAUAUUUAGGCGAAACUUUGUUGUAGUAAUAGUAGUAAUUUAUUAAAAAAAUAUAGUUCGUAUUAGUUUUUUGCUUAAUUAAAAAAUUUAGUACUGUGUCAAGGAAUCAUUAGGAUUGUAGUUCUCCCAACUCAACAGUCUUCCAAGCAGCUAGACAAUGUAGUAUAUUUCUACAAUUAUUGGUUUCCGGAGCAAAAUUUUGUAUACAGCAUAAAUCAUAUUUCCGUUAGUAUAAUUCGCUUAAAAUAAAUAGGAUAUAAAAAAAAUAACAAGUAGGGAAUUAUUUUCCUGUAUCUAUACUCAGCUUUUUGUAUUUUCAAUAAUUUUAAUUGUGAUAUACUCAUAAUAAUUUUGAAUUAAAUUUUGUUUAAAUCGAAUCCAAUUGUAAUACAAUUUUCUAUAACGCAAACAAAAUGUUGCAAUUAUAUGAAGAAUCUCCCAAUUUAGUAUUAAUAAUAAUGCUUAAUCAAUUAUUUUACUAUAUUUUUACUUUUAUACAGAAGACUGUUAUUUUUUUGUUGUUUUAUGUUUAAAUUUACAUCUAGAGAUGCGUGUGUACAUUUAAAAUUAAAAAGAAGUACUCAAAUUAUAUUUCAAAUGUUGUAUGCAUUUUUAAUUAAAAAGGCAGUCAACUAUAAA